CUAGCGACGAAAGUGGAAGAUAUUCCCCAAAUUCUCUUUUUCAAUGCAAAGAAAUAGUUUCUAGUAUAUGCUUCUUCUGCUGAUCGAUUUGUGGGAGCUUCUCUUUUGCGCCUUUUCUCUCUUCGCAAUCCACUCUCACCAUAUCUACAAGCUGCAUAGAUCUCCUCAAGGUAUGUGAUUAUCUAAGCUGCUUUCGUUGCAAUAGCUUGCUGAUGAAUGCCUACUGCUACUACUGCCCUGGAACUAUCCUGUAACAUUUACCUUGUACAGAGCUCAUGGGAGGCUGCGUGGGAAAGAAUGGAGGAGGUGACGAUUCCGAUGACAAGAUUGAUUUCAAAGGUGGAAAUGUACACGUAAUAACUAGCAAAGAGAACUGGGACGAGAAGAUUUCGGAAGCAAACAGGGAUGGAAAGAUAGUUGUUGCAAAUUUCAGCGCAUCUUGGUGCGGCCCAUGCAGGGUGAUCACACCAGCCUAUGUUGAGUUAUCUGAGAAGUAUCCUUCACUCAUGUUCUUGAUAAUAGAUGUCGAUGAGUUAAUGGACUUCAGCUCAUCAUGGGAUAUCCGCGCGACUCCGACCUUCUUUUUCCUCAAGGACGGCAAGCAACUGGAUAAGCUCGUUGGGGCCAACAGGCCUGAGCUCGAGAAGAAGAUAGUCUCUUUUGCCGACGGCUUGGCCCAGCAUGUGAACUGAAUCUACAAUUUCAUCGUCAGAAUCGAUGAACAUGGUUUCUCUAUCCGUCGACCCUAUUUUAGUAGCUCGAUAGAAGUGCCGACGAACUUUGUGUGGUUUCCUCUUCUUCAAUUCUUGCCCUGUUUGUGUAAAUUCCCGUCGCUGUUUCUGUUAAUCAUGUCAUAAUGAGGGAUAUUAGAGUACCCUAAGAUCUAUGAACUGCUACUUGUGAGAGAUUAAGGAGCCAAGGAAGGGUAAAGAGGACUGGACCAUGUUGUUCCAUGGCUGAGGAGUUUAAAUUUGUUUAUAUGAUUGCUUUUUAAUUUAUAUAUAUUUGUUUGUUUA